UUAUGGGAUCUUAGAAAGACAACGGGAAACAAUAGAAGGAUGGAUUUUAAUCAAGAGCUAAAGGAUUCUUUUUUUUAGCAACAUUGCAGGAAGAAUGUAAAACCUGCUUGCACAGGAUGCAUGGAAACGGGGCAAUCCUAGCUCACACUGACAGGAUGUUUAAAAACUCACAAAGACUCUCGCCAACUCGUUACUUCGCGGAUCUUUCCCACCGUCGUUACUGUAGAUCUCUUUGUACUUUUUUAACCUCUGAAUGAAGCAGGUUCAGGCCUCUAUUUUGGGAUUUUGUCUGGAAACUACAUUUAUGGCAUGCAGCGACUAUUUUCUCAUGAACGCCUUUUAUUAAGUUAUAAAUGAAUAGCCCUUAUGCCAAACAUGAGCUGGAGUUUUCUAACCCGUCUCCUAGAAGAAAUUCACAAUCACUCCACCUUUGUUGGGAAGGUGUGGCUGACUGUCCUAAUUAUAUUCCGAAUAGUGCUGACUGCAGUCGGAGGGGAGUCCAUUUACUCGGAUGAGCAGAGCAAAUUCACCUGCAACACCAAGCAGCCUGGCUGCGAGAACGUCUGCUACGAUAGCUUUGCUCCACUCUCGCAUGUUCGCUUUUGGGUCUUCCAGAUCAUCAUGAUAUCAGCUCCAUCCGUCAUGUACCUGGGUUACGCCAUUCACAGGAUUGCGCGGGCUUCCGAGGAAGACAGACGGAAGGAAUCGCACAAGAAGAAGAAAUCCUUCUCGAGGUGGCGGACAGGUGAGAAUGUGGAGGAACCAGAAGGAGAGGAAGCGGAACCCAUGAUCUACGAGGCUACAGCAGAGCCAGAGAAAGUAGAAAGUAAGGAUAAAGAAAAUAAAAAACAUGAUGGGCGGAGGCGUAUUAAGGAAGAGGGCUUGCUGAAAAUUUAUGUCUUCCAGCUGCUGUCGAGGGCCAUCUUUGAAGUAGGCUUCUUGGCAGGUCAAUAUUACCUAUAUGGCUUCAGAGUUUUACCCUAUUUUGUGUGCAAUACACGUCCAUGUCCCAACACAGUAGACUGUUUUGUCUCCAGACCAACAGAGAAGACAGUAUUCCUGCUCAUAAUGUACGUUGUGAGCUGUCUUUGCUUAUUGCUUAACAUCUGUGAGAUGCUUCACCUCGGUUUUGGGACCCUGAGGGAUGCUAUCCGUAACAAGAGAACUAGAACGGACAGGCAGCCUCCCUACAACUAUUCUUACUCAAAAAACAUCACUUGUCCUCCAGAAUACAAUAUGGUGGUUAGGUCGGACAAGUCCACCAAAGUCCCAAACAGCGUCAUGGCCCAUGAGCAGAACUUAGCCAAUGUUGCUCAAGAGCAUCAGUGCACAAGCCCCGACGACAACGUGCCCUCAGACCUCACCACUUUACAUAAACAUUUGAGAGUGGCCCAGGAACAGUUAGACAUCGCAUUCCAGAGCUACAACUCUCAGGUCAAUGCUCAAACUUCUAGGACCAGCAGUCCAGCUUCUGGGGGGACAGUGGUGGAGCAGAACCGAGUUAAUACCGCUCAGGAGAAGCAAGGAGCGAAGCCUAAAGCUAGUUCUGAUAAAGGUAGCACCAGCAGCAGAGAAGGAAAAACUUCUGUAUGGAUAUAAUCUGAGAUCUUAACAGGAAUAAACUAUCCACUGGAAUACCACGUAUUGUUAACAUGCCAGUAUUGGUUCAUUGAAUCACUACAAAACAAAACCUAAGCACAAUGUAUGAUAAUAUACUAAAUAUCAGUUGUUUUUUUAAUACAUUUUUCUUUAUAUAUUUACAUUUUUCUAACAAAA